CCUCAUGAAACGAGGAAACUUCUCUGAUUCGUUUCAUUUGGAGCUCAGUGGUGGACAUUCAGACUCUCAAACAUUCGGAGGAGGAGCUCACCUGCAGAGGACAGGUGAGCGGCUCAACAUGAACAAACGAUCACUAACAUGUUCCCGCUCUAUCCACGCAGAUAAACAUGUAAACUGUCACACUUUAGAGACCGUGCGCGACGUGUGCGUGCAGACAGCAGGGCGCGUGCCAGUCUGCAGCCAUAAGUCCUUAAGAGGCCCCGCCCCCCAGCUGCUCCUCUGUCUGGCCGGCUUGCCGUACCGUGGCCGACUUCUGUGUCCUGACGCUGACCCGCCGCUCUGGUUCAGGACGGACUCAGACGGAGCUCCAGACCUGCUGCCAGAGCUGCUGUGAGGACGUCGGUUCUGUUCGGGGCUCCGGUUCGGCUGGUCUCGUGGUUACCGGGGAAAAUAUUCAUUAGUGUGGAAACGAUGCCGGGCUCCUUCACCUCGGACUGCAGCCACGACCCGGAGGACAUCCGAGACCUGCAGGUUCUGCUGGACCGGCUGGCCCGGCCCGGCUCGGACCGCGGCAGCAGCGUCAACAUGACCGCGUGCGUGAUCGUCCCCAGCUCCGAGCACGUGGCGGAGAUCGUGGGCAGACAAGGCUGCAGGAUCAAAGCUCUGCGAGCAAAGACAAACACCUACAUCAAGACUCCGCUCCGGGGGGAGGAGCCUGUGUUUUUGGUGACUGGACGGGGGGAGGACGUGGCGGCGGCCCGCAGAGAGAUCCUCUCAGCUGCCGAGCACUUCACCGCCAUCCGCAGCUGCCGGAACCAGAGCGCCGGCGGCACCCGCGCCCCCGGCCGGCCCGGACUGACCACCGUCCUGGUCCGGGUUCCGCACAGCUUCGUGGGGCUGGUGGUCGGGCCCAAAGGCGCCACCAUAAAGCGGAUCCAGCAGCUGACCCACACGAGCAUCACCACGCCGAGCCGGGACCAGGAGCCCGUGUUCGAGGUCCGAGGCAUGCCGGAGAACGUGGACCAGGCUCGGGAGGAGAUCCAAGCCCACAUCGCCCUGAGGACCGGCGCUCCUCCAGAACCGCAGGACAGAAACGACUUUGAAGCAAACGGAACCGAGACCGGGCUGUGGUCUAGACCUGGUUCUGGACUGAGUCCAGAGUGGGAGCAGAACCGGAACCGCUCGUCGAUCUCAGUGGGAAGUUCCUCCACAGACUCUCCAGCUGCGUCACCAAUGCCCAUGGGGGGUUGGUGGUGACCCACGGGUCACAUUGGGGUCAGCGGCGACCCGGGAGGAGGUCCCCCAGUUCUUUAGAACCACCGGUCCAGCUUUGAUCUGAACACCUGAAUGUUUGUGGUUCUGAAAUCUCAUGUUUGUAGUUUUACAAAACGGUGGAAUGUAUUCGUCUCCGAGUGAAUUUCCCAGAAUGCAACACUCAGGAAGCGUUCAGUUCCAGAACGACGGUCCAAUCUCGCCGACUGUCAGAUCAAGUUCUGUAGAAAGAUGAGCCCGAGCUCCGGCCUGGAGUUCCAGUUUCCCUCCACAGGCACAGCAUGAUGCUGCCGCCGCCGUGCUCCACUGCAGAGGCGGUUGGAGAAUCAACAGAACAUCUGGAACGUCUGUCCGUCACCUGCAGCCUCUUCAGCCUUACCGUCAUUUGAACUCAUUUAAAGUUCCCAUCAGAUUAUUAUGGGAUGUUCAUCUGUUUUAAGGUAAAACAAGUUCAAGUGAUAAAAACUGAAGUUCUGAUGAAAAGUUGAUCUGGUUUGUUGAAAUUCUGGAUCAGAAUCUAAACCUCACAAUUCUACAGAAAACACGUCAUGGUUUAAAACAAUAAUUUCAAUGUUUUUGGUUUAAAUUUUAAACAUUAAUAUUUUCAAAUGUUUGUGAGAGUUGUUUAUGUGUGAGAAUUAUUCAUGAAUAUUUACAUAUUAUUUAUAAGCAGAAAUCUAUUUUAUCAAGAAAUUAUUUAUCAUUUUCAUAUUUCAGUGGAUGAAUGUAUAAUGACUGUAGAAUGAAUGUAUAAUGAUGACUGUAGAAUGACUGUAUAAUGAUGACUGUAGAAUGACUGUAUGACUGUAGAAUGACUGUAUAAUGAUGACUGUAGAAUGACUGUAUGACUGUAGAAUGACUGUAGAAUGACUGUAUGACUGUAGAAUGACUGUAGAAUGACUGUAUGACUGUAGAAUGACUGUAUAAUGAUGUCUGUAUAAUGACUGUAGAAUGACUGUAUAAUGACUGCAUGACUGUAGAAUGACUGUAUAAUGAUUACUGUAGAAUGACUGUAUGACUGUAUAAUGAUGACUGUAUAAUGACCGUAUGACUGUAGAAUGACUGUAUAACGACUGUAUAAUGACUGUAUAAUGAUGACUAUAAUGACUGUAGAAUGACUGUAUAAUGACUGUAUAAUGACUGUAUAAUGAUGACUAUAAUGACUGUAGAAUGACUGUAUAAUGACUGUAUAAUGACGACUGUAGAAUGACUGUAUAAUGAUGACUGUAUAAUGACUGUAUAAUGACUGUAUAAUGAUGACUGUAGAAUGACUGUAUAAUGACUGUAGAAUGACUGUAUAAUGACUGUAGAAUGACUGUAUAAUGAUGACUGUAUAAUGACUGUAUAACGAUGACUGUAGAAUGACUGUAUAAUGACUGUAGAAUGACUGUAUAAUGACUGUAUAAUGAUGACUGUAUAAUGACUGUAGAAUGACUGUAGAAUGACUGUAUAAUGAUGACUGUAGAAUGACUGUAUGAUGACUGUAGAAUGACUGUAGAAUGACUGUAUAAUGAUGACUGUAGAAUGACUGUAUGAUGACUGUAUAAUGACUGUAUAACGAUGACUGUAGAAUGACUGUAUAAUGACUGUAGAAUGACUGUAUAAUGACGACUGUAGAAUGACUGUAUAAUGACUGUAUAAUGACUGUAUAAUGAUGACUGUAGAAUGACUGUAUAAUGACUGUAGAAUGACUGUAUAAUGAUGACUGUAUAAUGACGACUGUAGAAUGACUGUAGAAUGACUGUAUAAUGAUGACUGUAUAAUGACUGUAUAAUGAUGACUGUAGAAUGACUGUAUAAUGAUGACUGUAUAAUGACUGUAUAACGAUGACUGUAGAAUGACUGUAUAAAUCCAGAUCAGCUGUUUCUAUUAAAGCCGUUUUAAUGUUGGUUUGAUUCUCGUUUUCACUCCAA